CCCACCACGAAGUUUGUUCCUCCUCUCUUUCCGUCGCCCGUCCAGGAAGGGGAAAAGAAAGCAGCGACGCCUGAGAGCGACGCUUGCAAGCUGAUGUGUCGCUGGCUGUAAAAUGGAGAGCGACACCACUGUCCGGAGAAUAAAACCAUCAUCACUGGGGACACAUAAUAGCUAUGCAGGGGCGGGCCACCGGCACGGUUGGGACAACGGCUGGAGCGGCGGCGAGCCGAAGAGGAAGCCCGACGUGAGCUUGUACCUGCUGAGAGAGGGUCUGGCAACUUCCCUGGUGUGCUUGUUUAUUUUGCUGCUGUGGGGACUCGUUCAUUUGUCGCUCCAGCAGCUCGUCAUUGGGAAGCCGAGCGCAGAGUUCAACGCCGAGAGAGCCAGAUGGCACCUGGAGCGCAUCACCAGUGUCGGACCUCGGCCGGUGGGCAGCCACGAGAACGAGGUCCUCACCGUGGUCUACCUGCUAGAGCAGAUCGAGAAGAUCCGCCAAGAGACGGCACAGGGCCCCCAUCAGCUCACCGUGGACGUGCAGCGGCCCACGGGCUCCUUCUCCAUCGACUUCCUGGGCGGCUUCACCAGCUUUUACGACCGCGUCACCAACAUCGCCGUGCGUCUGGAGCCCAAAGGCGGCACACAGCAUCUGAUGCUGGCCAACUGUCACUUUGAUACCGUGGCUAACAGUCCAGGUGCGAGUGACGAUGCCGUGAGCUGCGCAGUCAUGCUGGAAGUCCUCUACUCUCUGGCCAACCAGUCUACUCCUCUCCAGCACGGCGUCAUCUUCCUCUUUAAUGGCGCUGAGGAAAAUGUCCUGCAGGCUAGUCAUGGUUUUAUCACUCAGCACCCGUGGGCCAAACAGGUGAGAGCCUUCAUUAACCUCGAGGCUGCGGGCGUCGGGGGCAAGGAAGUGGUUUUUCAGACAGGUCCAGAGAAUCCAUGGCUGGUGCAGGCUUACGUCCACGCCGCCAAACACCCGUUUGCAUCUGUGGUGGGUCAGGAGGUCUUUCAGAGCGGCGUCAUUCCCUCCGACACGGAUUUCCGCAUCUAUAGGGACUUUGGUAACAUCCCAGGCAUCGACCUGGCCUUCAUCGAGAACGGUUUCAUCUACCACACCAAGUUCGACACGGCAGACAGAAUCCUCACCGACUCCAUUCAGAGAGCAGGUGACAACAUCCUGGCCGUCCUCAAGCAUCUACUUAUGUCUGAAAAGCUGGCCGACUCCUCGGAGUAUCGCCAUGGCAACAUGGUGUUCUUUGAUGUGCUCGGAGUGGCGGUGGUGGCUUACCCGGCACGUGUUGGCACCAUCAUCAACUACAUGGUCGCCCUGGCAACUUUCGUCUACCUGGCCAGGAAAGCCUCUCUGCCUGGAAACCGGGGUGGGCGUUAUGUUCGAGAUCUGACCUGUGCCACAGGCAUGGUGGUGCUCAGCUGGUUGGUCACCCUGCUGUCGGUCCUGAUCGUGGCUGUCCUGGUGACGCUGUUAGGUCGCUCCAUGUUCUGGUACAACCAUUUCUACGCCUCCGUCUGUCUCUACGGAGCCGCCGCCACAGGGAAGAUGGUGCUGGUGCACACGCUGGCCAAGAACCUCUACUAUGGGGGUGUGCGCUUGGUGGAGCUGGGAGACCUGUACUUUGACGUGAGCCUGCUGCUGUGGUGCUGCAGCCUGGUGUGGUUGACCCAGCGGGGCCUUUGCUCGGCGUACGUGCCCAUGCUCAUGGUGGCCUUCCCCCUGGCCACCAAACUGCUGCUCGCCAAGGAAUUUAAGAACAGAGGUGCGUCGUUUAAGUACAGCGUCCUCUACCUGCUCGGUCUGGCUUUGCCCUACCUGCACUUCAUGUUCCUCAUUUGGGUGGUGUUUGAGAUCUUCACUCCCAUCAUGGGACGCAGCGGCACCGAGAUUCCACCGGAAAUGGUCCUGGCUGCCAUGGUUACCAUUGGGACUAUAUUGAUCUCUUCCUUUUUCAUUCACUUCAUCUACCUGAUGCGAAGCACUAAGUGGAUCUUGGCGGGCCUGGCAUCCAUCUUUACGAUCAUGUUCCUGCUGGUGUCUUGCAGUCUCCUCUUUCCUUAUUCGGGAAGCCCCGACAGCCCACGGCCCAAGCGGGUCUUUUUGCAGCACACGACACGGACCUUCCAUGAUCUCCAGGGCCGAGUGGAGAGUCAGGACUCGGGUGUGUGGAUCAACAGCUUUGACUACACAGGCAUCCAGCACAUAACGCCGCACAUUCCCGAGAUCAAUGACAGCGUCCGCACAUACUGCCGCGAGGACCGCCCCUUUUGCGGCUACCCUUGGUUCCUGCCCGUCAAGUUCCUCAGCAAGAGGAACUGGUAUCUCCCUGCUCCUCAAGUGUCUCCUAGCUCUCCGGUGGAGUUCAGCCUGGUGUCCAAGGAGACGACGCCGUGGGGAACCAUUAAGAUGACCUUUGAUGUCAAAGGUCCAAGUCACAUGUCGCUUUACUUGAUGCCUCGUAGAGGAGCCAGCCUCACCUCAUGGUCCUUUGGCGACGGCAUGCCCCGGUUUGACGUGAGCGGAGAAUAUUUUGUCUUCUAUUCACAUGGCUUGGACGCGCCCACGUGGACCUUCUGGUUUGAAAUACAGCCGCCCAGCAAUCCGUCGGGCCCUGAGGGAAUUAUUUCAGUGGCCAUCUCUACUCACUAUUUCUUCGGUGAGGACCAGAGGACGCCUCAGCUGGAGGAAAUCCUGCACAGGUUCCCCUCUUGGGUUUUCCCUUCAUUUUGGGUCAGCACUUACGACAUGUACAGAUACUGAGGGCGCCGCCCAUUCUGCUGCUCCCUGAUCAGCUGAGAUGUGGAGGAACUGUAAAGUGGUUCUUGCUGCCUUGACACACAACCCCCCACCCACACAAACACACAUAUACACACCCUGAGAGACCCCCACCAUCACUGUGUCUAACCAAGCGAAGAAAUCGUCUCACUUUCUGGUCGGCGCAAAGACGUGGGGAGGGGGACGUCCUCUUUAUUUAUCUCAAAUCUGUGGUGCCUUUUUUUCACCAUCUUUCUCUUUCCCACCCUGCCCCCCCCCCCCCCCCCCUCUAUAUUUCUUACCGAGCACCCUCUGUUUGCACUCUCAUGCUAACAUGCUACCUCUCCUCUUCAUCAGCAAAAGCAUCCUUUCUUCCCUAACAACAACAAAAUAUCACCGCUAUCGGCACUGCAGUCUUCAGCCUCUAACUGGAAACCUUUUUUUUAUCCUCUAUCUACUACACCCUUCAUCCGUUAGCCUUUUGAUACUAGCAACAAAGCUAAUGGUUUGUGCACGAAGAAUCCAAUGGAGACAAUUGUGCCUGGAAGUUAAAACAAAAUAGAUUAAGCUGUGAAAUUCACAUGUUUUUGUUUGUUUUUUUGUUGUGAAAUAUCAGGCCUGUAAAUGUUCAGGUGAGAGAAACCAGCAAGGCAACAUCGGACAUUGUUGUUUAUCUUCAUAUGUCGUCCCGGUAACAGCGCAUCCGUGAAUAUCUUUAUAUACUAUGCUUUUUGCUCGGCAUGGGCAUCAUCAUAAUGAUAAAUAAUAAUACAAUUUUAUAGAUACUAAUCGUAACUGAGAAGUAGAUACCAUCCAUCCAUCCGUUUUCUAUGCCGCUUAUCCUCACUAGGGUUGCAGGUAUGCUGGAGCCUAUCCCAGCUAUCUUUGGGCAAGACUGGACUGGUCGCCAGCCAAUCACAGAAUUGAUUAUAUAUAUACUAUAAUCUGUAGUAAAUAUUGCCCCAAUAGUAAAACAUAUAUACAUAAUAAAUAGCAAUUCACUGAAAAUCCAAAUACAUUUUUAAAAUUGUUAAAAAUACCAUAGUUUGUAAUAGUUUGUUUCUCAGUUGAUAAAAUGAGUAAAAAUAUCCAAAAAGGUCAUGCCCAUCCCUAGUAUUUGAUAAUAUGCAUUGUUAUUCUUGCCUAAGUGGGCCACAUCAGCCGACACUGUACUGUCACUGACACUGUGUGCCACUUUAGUAGUAGUAGUAAUACUAAGUCAUGAGAUUACUGAACGCUGCUAUGAUUACUUCUUACUAUCAAAAAUAGCAUGUGACUUCCUCCGUCCUCGCCACCGAUCAGCCCACCCCCCCCCGGCCAUCAAUCACAUCUCACAUGACCGUCACUCAACGCAUCAGGAGAUUGUUUGCACUCACUUGAAACACUUUUCAAUGCUGAUUGUUGAAACUGCUGACGUGGGCCUCCUCAGUGUACAGGACAAAUACAUCACCCGGACAAAAGUAUUGGGACACCUGAUGUCAGAGUUUGCUGUUUAAGCUUAAUUGAUUAACACGUUUAAUCAAUGUGUGUCGCAACAUUUUCGUCCAUACAGCACAAAUUUGAUUGUUCUAAAUCCUUGCAACAGAAGGAGUACCCAUUCUGAUUGAGGAGCUGAUUACUAUAUUGCUAGAGUGGAACCUCCAAAGUCGGAACCACACUGACAGCCUAGCAGGAAAAUGCGAUAAUAACCAUAGAAGAGGAAUAAACACCAUUCGCAGCCGUUACGGUUUGAAGAUCGCUUCAAUAUAUUGCGGUUUCAUGUCUGAAGGACCACUGUACACUUACAGUGCAAUACCUGUAAAAUGCCACUAGGUGACGGUAUGACCCCUAAAAUAUCUUGUCAUGGCUGAGUACUGGUGGAGCUAAUAAAGGUUAUAUAAUGGUGACAUUUUGACCCCGGAACAGUCACUUUCACUUUGGAGGUUCCACUGUAUUUUUUUUGUAUAUUCUUUUCUUGUUACUGUAAAUGGCAAAAUAAAUGGUUAAAGUAUCAAGAGUGUAAGCAUAUUAGAUCUUUGUUAUCGAAAACAAGGGGUCUGAUAUAAAGUCGUAGCACCAUCAUCUUCACGGUUUAUCCACAAUAACAACACAAAUACUAAUAACUGUUGAUGAGAGCUAUCCUAGGCUACAUGUUGGAAAGUCUUAAAGCCUGUAAAAGUCAAAGCUAUUUGUUAUUUCUAUCCAAAAAGGUUUUAUGUGCUUGGUUUUAUUUUGUCGCCCUUUCACUCAUUCCUCCUACGAUAACUUUUUGAUACUUCUGUUUUUUGAAUUUUAAAUACUGACCAUGUUUUUUUUGUUGUUUUUUUGAGUGUGUAAUGGAUUUGACACUUUACCUCUAACUGCUGUUUGUGUUUGGUUUCUUAAAAUAAAAAAAAUGCAGUUUUGAAUUGAGUUGCUAUGGACUGUUGCGACCUGGAUUGUGGAUUUAAUACUUCAUUGAUUUUACAUGAUGAUAAAGCUUGAAAGAAAUGAGCACUUCUAAUUAAAAAAAUGCUUAUUAUA